AUGCCCUGGAACAUCACUGCAUCUGUCCAAAGCUCCCAGCACGGCUCAGUCACCGCGAACAUCUUCCGCGGCCUAGGAAGCGUCAGUGAUUUCUCCUCUCACGGAUUCGGCGAACCUUCAGGACUUGGUCCACAACGGAGUCGUUUGACCAGCGCCAGUCCCCUCGCCGGACGCGGCUAUCCACCAGACAUAGAAGGACUUCCUGGUUUCGCGGACGACGAGCUCGAAGACUUCGACUUGAGCCACUACCUCCAGACAGAGCUCCACGGCGACGGUUUCGCAAAUGCAAUGGAUCUGGACCUCGACACCACCGGCGCAAACAAAGGCAAGGAACCAAUGAGAGACCCUCCACUCUCUCUUCGAGAUCGAAUCAUACAGUCAAACCUGGACCAAGACAGCCUUAACUUCCUCGAAUUCGUCAUGAAGAAAAUCGAGGACCUGAGUGCGAGCCCGACUGAAGACAUCCAGGCACCUGCAUUCGAGGACCCUCAUACAGAUCCAUCCAUCCAGUUGAAAGGCCUCCCCUUUUCGACCCUGCUCCCGCGCAGGAAAACCUCUCGUGCCGUGGCGACCCACGGCCUCGCACAUACCCUUGCUCUCGCUACCAAGGGUAUCCUUUCUGUUCGACAGGAAGAUUAUACUGAUCUCACCACGGAAGAGUAUGGUGCAAAAUACGAAUAUGGAGAGAUCUUCCUGCGGUUGGCAUAG